GAGGUGGUGGACGCCGAGAAGAAUGAUGAAAAUGGAAACUGCUCAGGGGAAGGAAUUGAAUUCCCUACAACAAAUUUAUAUGAACUAGAAAGCCGUGUUUUGACUGAUCAUUGGUCCAUCCCUUACAAGCGGGAAGAAUCACUAGGCAAAUGCCUGUUGGCGUCUACCUACCUAGCAAGACUUGGUCUUUCUGAGUCUGAUGAGAAUUGUAAAAGAUUUAUGGAUAGGUGUAUGCCUGAAGCAUUUAAAAAGCUCCUGACAUCAAGUGCUGUUCACAAAUGGGGUACUGAAAUUCAUGAAGGGAUCUACAACAUGUUGAUGCUAUUAAUAGAACUGGUUGCAGAGAGAAUAAAACAGGACCCAAUUCCUACUGGUCUGCUGGCUGUGCUUACAAUGGCUUUCAAUCCUGAUAAUGAAUACCAUUUUAAAAACAGAAUGAAAGUGUCUCAAAGGAAUUGGGCAGAAGUGUUUGGAGAGGGAAAUAUGUUCGCUAUUUCACCUGUUUCUACUUUCCAAAAGGAGCCUCAUGGAUGGGUUGUGGAUUUGGUAAACAAGUUCGGAGAACUAGGUGGAUUUGCAGCAAUCCAAGCCAAGCUCCAUUCAGAAGAUAUAGAACUUGGGGCAGUCUCAGCACUGCUGCAGCCCCUAGGAGUGUGUGCAGAGUACCUCAACUCCUCGGUGGUACAGCCCAUGCUAGACCCAGUCAUCCUUACUACGAUCCAGGACGUGCGGAGUGUGGAGGAAAAGGACCUCAAAGACAAGAGAUUGGUUAGCAUCCCUGAGCUCUUGUCUGCCAUUAAGUUACUCUGCAUGCGCUUCCAACCGGAUCUGGUGACCGUCGUGGAUGACCUUCGACUAGACAUCCUACUGCGCAUGCUGAAAUCACCACAUUUUAGUGCUAAAAUGAAUUCCCUCAAAGAAGUAACCAAACUAAUAGAAGAUAGCACUUUAUCCAAAUCUGUGAAGAAUGCUAUAGAUACAGACAGAUUAUUAGAUUGGCUAGUUGAGAACUCAGUUCUGUCAAUUGCAUUAGAAGGCAACAUAGACCAAGCACAGUACUGUGAUCGUAUAAAGGGAAUCAUUGAACUCUUGGGCAGUAAAUUGUCUUUAGAUGAGCUUACUAAAAUUUGGAAGAUACAGUCUGGACAAUCAUCUACUGUGAUUGAGAACAUCCACACUAUUAUUGCUGCAGCAGCUGUCAAAUUUAAUUCAGAUCAGCUUAAUCACUUGUUUGUUCUCAUUCAGAAGAGCUGGGAGACUGAGAGCGACAGAGUAAGGCAGAAGCUGUUGAGCCUGAUUGGACGAAUAGGCCGGGAAGCUCGCUUUGAGGCUACUUCUGGAAAGGUGUUAGAUGUCCUCUGGGAACUGGCUCAUCUCCCAACACUGCCCAGUAGCCUUAUUCAGCAAGCCUUGGAGGAGCACCUGACAAUCCUCAGUGAUGCGUAUGCAGUGAAAGAAGCAAUCAAGAGAAGCUACAUCAUUAAGUGCAUAGAAGAUAUUAAAAGGCCUGGAGAAUGGUCAGGUUUGGAAAAAAACAAGAAGGAUGGAUUCAAGUCAUCUCAGCUUAAUAAUCCCCAGUUUGUAUGGGUGGUACCAGCUUUGCGUCAGCUACAUGAAAUCACCCGGUCAUUCAUAAAACAAACCUAUCAAAAGCAAGACAAGAGCAUUAUUCAAGACCUGAAGAAAAACUUUGAAAUAGUGAAGUUGGUAACAGGAAGUUUAAUAGCUUGUCAUCGCCUUGCGGCAGCCGUGGCUGGACCUGGAGGCUUAACUGGCUCGACACUGGUGGAUGGCCGAUACACUUACCGGGAGUAUUUAGAGGCCCAUCUGAAAUUUCUGGCAUUUUUCUUGCAAGAAGCUACUCUGUAUCUGGGUUGGAAUCGUGCCAAGGAAAUCUGGGAGUGUCUUGUGACUGGCCAGGAUGUUUGUGAGUUAGAUAGAGAGAUGUGUUUUGAAUGGUUUACAAAGGGGCAGCAUGACCUUGAGAGUGAUGUUCAGCAGCAGCUCUUCAAGGAGAAAAUUCUUAAACUGGAGUCAUAUGAAAUCACUAUGAAUGGUUUUAACUUAUUUAAGACUUUUUUUGAAAAUGUGAAUCUCUGUGAUCAUCGAUUGAAAAGACAAGGAGCUCAGUUGUAUGUAGAAAAGCUGGAAUUGAUAGGAAUGGAUUUCAUUUGGAAAAUAGCCAUGGAAUCACCUGAUGAAGAAAUUGCUAAUGAAGCUAUUCAGUUAAUCAUAAACUACAGUUACAUUAAUCUAAAUCCUAGGUUAAAGAAGGAUUCUGUAUCAUUACAUAAGAAAUUCAUUGCUGAUUGCUACACAAGAUUAGAAGCAGCCAGUUCAGCACUUGGUGGCCCCACUCUAACACAUGCUGUGACCAGAGCAACAAAAAUGCUUACAGCAACUGCCAUGCCAACUGUAGCCACAUCAGUUCAGUCUCCGUACAGAUCCACUAAACUUGUAAUAAUUGAAAGAUUGCUGCUUCUGGCAGAACGCUAUGUGAUCACUAUAGAGGAUUUUUACUCUGUUCCACGAACUAUUCUACCUCAUGGUGCUUCAUUUCAUGGACAUCUUUUAACUCUUAAUGUUACCUAUGAGUCUACCAAAGAUACCUUCACUGUAGAGGCUCACAGUAAUGAAACCAUAGGGAGUGUCCGGUGGAAGAUAGCCAAGCAGUUGUGCUCUCCAGUGGAUAAUAUACAGAUAUUUACAAAUGACAGUCUGCUGACAGUGAAUAAAGAUCAAAAGCUACUCCACCAGCUGGGCUUUUCUGAUGAACAGAUCCUCACAGUAAAGACGUCUGGCAGUGGGACCCCAUCUGGGAGCUCCGCGGAUUCCUCAACCAGCUCCAGCAGCAGCAGCAGUGGCGUGUUUAGUUCAUCGUAUGCCAUGGAGCAGGAGAAAUCCCUCCCUGGUGUUGUGAUGGCACUUGUUUGUAAUGUAUUUGACAUGCUUUACCAGCUGGCCAACCUAGAAGAGCCAAGGAUAACUCUACGAGUACGAAAGCUUCUGCUCUUAAUACCCACUGAUCCAGCCAUUCAGGAAGCCCUUGAUCAACUCGAUUCUUUAGGAAGAAAGAAAACAUUGCUGUCUGAAACAAGUUCUCAGUCUUCAAAAUCUCCAUCCCUCUCUUCCAAGCAACAGCAUCAGCCAAGUGCCAGUUCCAUUUUAGAAAGUCUGUUUCGAUCUUUCGCUCCAGGAAUGUCCACCUUCCGAGUGCUCUACAACUUAGAAGUUCUAAGCUCCAAACUCAUGCCAACAGCUGAUGAUGACAUGGCAAGAAACUGUGCAAAAUCCUUCUGUGAGAACUUCCUCAAAGCAGGGGGUUUGAGUUUGGUUGUAAAUGUCAUGCAGAGGGAUUCCAUCCCAUCCGAAGUAGACUAUGAAACAAGGCAGGGAGUUUAUUCCAUCUGCCUACAGCUUGCAAGAUUUUUACUUGUUGGACAAACAUUGCCAACAUUGCUAGAUGAAGACCUCACCAAAGACGGCAUAGAAGCACUUUCUUCUCGCCCGUUCCGAAAUGUCAGCCGGCAGACAAGCAGGCAGAUGUCCUUAUGUGGUACCCCAGAAAAGUCGUCCUACCGACAGCUGUCUGUGUCUGACAGGUCUUCUAUUAGGGUUGAGGAGAUCAUCCCUGCUGCACGAGUCGCGAUACAAACGAUGGAAGUCAGUGACUUCACGUCCACGGUGGCUUGUUUCAUGAGACUGUCGUGGGCUGCAGCUGCAGGACGGCUUGACCUCGUUGGGAGUAGCCAGCCAAUUAAAGAAAGUAAUUCUCUGUUUCCUGCUGGAAUUCGAAACAGACUCAGCAGUUCAGGAAGCAACUGCAGCUCCGGGAGUGAAGGAGAUCCAGUAGCCCUGCACGCUGGCAUCUGUGUGCGACAGCAGUCCGUGUCCACCAAAGACUCGCUGAUUGCCGGAGAGGCUCUGUCCCUUCUUGUUACGUGCCUGCAGCUUCGGAGCCAGCAACUGGCAUCUUUCUAUAACUUGCCCUGUGUUGCUGAUUUUAUCAUUGAUAUUCUGCUUGGAUCACCAAGUGCUGAGAUUCGCCGUGUUGCCUGUGAUCAGCUGUAUACUCUUAGUCAGACAGAUACUUCAGCUCAUCCAGAUGUACAGAAGCCAAAUCAGUUUCUCCUGGGUGUGAUUCUCACGGCUCAGCUGCCCCUCUGGUCCCCCACUAGUAUCAUGCGAGGAGUCAAUCAGAGAUUAUUAUCUCAGUGUAUGGAGUAUUUUGAUCUGAGGUGCCAAUUAUUAGAUGAUCUGACAACUUCAGAAAUGGAGCAGUUAAGAAUCAGCCCAGCCACCAUGCUCGAAGAUGAGAUUACUUGGCUGGAUAACUUUGAACCUAAUCGCACAGCUGAAUGUGAGACCAGUGAAGCCGACAACAUUUUAUUGGCAGGACACUUACGGCUCAUUAAGACCCUUCUUUCACUCUGUGGGGCAGAAAAGGAAAUGCUUGGUUCAUCACUCAUUAAACCAUUGUUAGAUGACUUCCUUUUCCGAGCUUCUAGAAUUAUUUUAAAUAGUCAUUCUCCAGCUGGCAGUGCCGCCAUCAGUCAACAGGACUUUCAUCCAAAAUGUAGUACAGUGAAUAGCCGAUUGGCAGCCUAUGAAGUCCUUGUAAUGCUGGCUGAUAGCUCACCUUCAAAUCUUCAAAUUAUUACAAAAGAACUACUUUCUAUGCAUCAUCAACCUGAUCCUGCUCUUACCAAGGAGUUUGAUUACCUUCCCCCAGUGGAUAGCAGGUCCAGCUCAGGGUUUGUGGGGCUGAGGAACGGUGGCGCUACGUGUUACAUGAAUGCAGUCUUCCAGCAGCUGUAUAUGCAGCCGGGUCUCCCUGAGUCAUUGCUUUCAGUGGAUGAUGACACGGACAAUCCAGACGACAGUGUAUUCUACCAAGUACAGUCUCUUUUUGGGCACUUGAUGGAAAGCAAGUUGCAGUACUAUGUACCUGAGAACUUUUGGAAGAUUUUCAAGAUGUGGAACAAAGAACUUUAUGUAAGAGAACAGCAGGAUGCAUAUGAAUUCUUCACUAGUCUCAUCGAUCAGAUGGAUGAGUAUCUCAAGAAAAUGGGGAGAGACCAAAUUUUUAAGAAUACUUUUCAGGGCAUCUAUUCUGAUCAGAAGAUCUGUAAAGACUGUCCUCACAGAUACGAACGUGAGGAAGCUUUUAUGGCUCUCAACCUCGGAGUUACUUCCUGUCAGAGUUUGGAAAUUUCUUUGGACCAGUUUGUUAGAGGAGAAGUUCUAGAGGGAAGUAAUGCAUAUUACUGUGAAAAGUGUAAAGAAAAGAGAAUAACAGUGAAAAGGACCUGUAUUAAGUCAUUACCUAGUGUCUUGGUCAUUCACCUGAUGAGAUUUGGAUUUGACUGGGAGAGUGGACGCUCCAUUAAAUAUGAUGAACAGAUACGGUUUCCCUGGAUGCUAAACAUGGAGCCUUACACAGUUUCAGGAAUGGCUCGUCAAGAUUCAUCUUCUGAAGUUGGUGAAAAUGGGCGAGGUAUGGAUCAGGGAGGUGGAGGAUCUCCACGGAAAAAAGUUGCCCUCACAGAAAAUUAUGAACUUGUGGGCGUCAUUGUACACAGUGGGCAGGCACAUGCCGGCCACUACUACUCCUUCAUCAAGGACAGGCGGGGAUGUGGAAAAGGAAAAUGGUAUAAAUUUAAUGACACAGUCAUAGAAGAAUUUGACCUAAAUGAUGAGACCCUGGAGUACGAAUGCUUUGGAGGAGAAUAUAGACCAAAAGUUUAUGAUCAAACAAACCCUUAUACUGAUGUACGCCGAAGAUACUGGAAUGCCUAUAUGCUCUUCUACCAAAGGGUAUCUGAUCAGAACUCCCCAGUGUUACCAAAGAAAAGUCGAGUCAGCGUGGUUCGGCAGGAGGCUGAGGAUCUCUCUCUGUCAGCACCAUCUUCACCAGAAAUUUCACCUCAGUCAUCUCCUCGGCCCCAUAGGCCUAACAACGACCGGCUCUCUAUUCUAACCAAGCUGGUUAAAAAAGGUGAGAAGAAAGGACUAUUUGUGGAGAAAAUGCCUGUUCGAAUAUACCAGAUGGUGAGAGAUGAAAACCUCAAGUUUAUGAAGAACAGAGAUGUGUACAGUAGUGAUUAUUUCAGUUUUGUUUUGUCUUUAGCAUCAUUGAAUGCUACUAAACUAAAGCAUCCGUGCUACCCUUGCAUGGCAAAGGUGAGCUUACAGCUCGCCAUUCAAUUCCUUUUUCAAACUUAUCUACGAACAAAGAAAAAACUCAGGGUUGACACUGAAGAAUGGAUUGCCACUAUUGAAGCAUUGCUUUCAAAAAGUUUUGAUGCUUGUCAGUGGCUAGUUGAAUAUUUUAUUAGUUCUGAAGGACGAGAAUUGAUAAAGAUUUUCUUGUUGGAGUGCAAUGUGAGAGAAGUCCGAGUCGCUGUGGCCACCAUUCUGGAGAAAACCCUAGACAGUGCCUUGUUUUAUCAGGAUAAGUUAAAGAGCCUUCAUCAGUUACUGGAGGUACUACUUCAAGGAAUUAGGGCCGGAGACCUUCUCCUGAGGCAUUCAGCUCUGCGACACAUGAUCAGCUUCCUCCUGGGGGCCAAUCGGCAAAGCAGUCAGAUACGUCGAUGGAGUUCGGCACAAGCACGAGAGUUUGGGAACCUUCACAAUACGGUGGCGUUGCUUGUCUUGCAUUCGGAUGUCUCUUCCCAAAGGAACGUUGCUCCUGGUGUAUUUAAACAACGGCCGCCUAUUAGCAUUGCCCCCUCGAGCCCCCUGCUGCCCCUCCACGAGGAAGUCGAGGCCCUGUUGUUCUUGUCUGAAGGGAAACCUUACCUGUUAGAGGUAAUGUUUGCUCUGCGGGAGCUGACGGGCUCGCUGCUGGCGCUCAUCGAGAUGGUAGUGCACUGCUGCUUCUGCAACGAGCACUUCUCCUUCACCAUGCUGCACGUGGUUAAGAACCAACUAGAAACAGCUCCACCCCAUGAGUUAAAGAAUACAUUCCAGCUACUUCAUGAGAUACUGGUCAUUGAGGAUCCCAUACAAGUAGAGCGGGUCAAAUUUGUGUUUGAGACGGAAAAUGGAUUGCUAGCUCUGAUGCACCACAGUAAUCAUGUGGACAGCAGUCGCUGCUACCAGUGUGUCAAAUUUCUUGUAACUCUUGCUCAAAAGUGUCCUGCUGCUAAAGAAUACUUCAAGGAGAACUCCCACCACUGGAGCUGGGCUGUACAGUGGCUGCAGAAGAAGAUGUCAGAACAUUAUUGGACACCACAGAGCAACGUCUCUAAUGAAACGUCAACUGGAAAAACCUUUCAGCGAACGAUUUCAGCUCAGGACACAUUAGCAUAUGCCACAGCUCUUCUGAAUGAGAAGGAGCAGUCGGGAAGCAGUAACGGGUCAGAGAGCAGUCCCGCGAAUGAGAACGGAGAGAGGCACUUACAGCAGGGUUCUGAGUCGCCCAUGAUGAUUGGUGAGUUAAGAAGUGACCUGGACGAUGUCGAUCCCUAGGGAGCGUGCCCAGCACACGAUGGGGAGACACGUCACAGUUACUGGAUGCUCAGCACCUUUUUGAAAUCAGAUUCUCAUCCCCGAACCCUUUAGAAGAGCCUGGAGGCUGGACUGGGAGAGCCCGCUGUGCCGGGAGGAGCACACGUUUUUAAGGAAAGCACUCUUUGCUUGGCCCCUAGGGAAGGCCUGGGAGCUGUCUGGCAGUAGGAGAACUCCGGUCUGUGGGUCCGCUGUCCUGGGCACAGUCCAUAUGUGGAUUGACAUUUUUGUGGAGAUUUUAGUCAGUCUGGUAGCAGACUGUUUUGUUAUGUGAAGAUACAAGAGUGAGUGAGGAUAAAGCUGCUGCUUUCUCUAUGAUGCUACAAAAGAAAUUCCUUUGGUUUUUAUAUUAAAAAAAAAAAAGAAAAAAGAAAGCUGCCUUUUAGAUAUGUGGGGGCAAAUUUUUAAUCUUGUGGUAACAUUGAAUAGGAAUAUCCAAUUUAAAAUGAUGUAAAGAUAUGUGAUAAAAAUUCCUUUUCACUGUAAAGUAGUAGUUAAAAAAUUCAGUUUACACAGACCUUUGUAUUUAAUAUGUCUCCCCAUUUGUAUAGAAUUUCAGAUGGGUCUGGAUAAGCACCCUGGGCAUAAACUUGGAUCUUGAUGCAAUGUUACCAGGAUCAAAAAUUGGGAAAUUUAUUAAGCUCUUUAAGGUAUUUUUCUGAUAUAAUUGAGAUUGAAAGAGCAAUUAAAAAAAAAAAUGCUGCAUUCUCCAGAAGUACAGGAUGUGUUCUUUGACAUCAAUCACUAAAGAAGUUAUGAGUUGUUCCCAAAACAAAUUUUAAAAACAGCAAAAUAAAAAGCACUUUAAGAUACAAUUUUAUUGAGUUUGACUUCAUAAAAUCAUCUUUUUAAUGCUUGGAGACAUAUUGAAUAAACUGUAGUCUUACAUCACGUGAUCUGCAAUCAUUUGCUUUUGCUGAAAACAUAAGUAAUGAAACCUUGGGUACUGGCUGUGUAUGAAGUUGUAUAUGAGUUAGAGACACUGCUUUGUGAGUUUCUAGACAUUUUAAUGCAGAGCAGGGAUUUGAGACUUUGUUUCUCCUCCACAUGACUCAUUAACACUGAAAAGAUAGGAACAAGAUUUAUUGUCCCAGAAAUAAUUAGAAGGCAACUGAACAACCAUGCGUUUAGCUGUAUUUCUCAAGAAUAGCAUCAUUCAGCCACUUCAGGGUAGAUGUCAGCUCCCCCUUUUUCCAGAGGGGAGGGGUGUGCCAAUGUACUUCAUGUAUUUUGUAUGUUUUGGGUUUUGAGUCACUACACACACUUUCAAGCCUGUUUUGCCUGUAGUUGCGUGCUCUGCCGUAUUUUCUAUCACCGCACACAGAACUAGGGGGGCCUUAGGAAGUGCCAAGUGGCCCCGGCGUAGACCUGCAGAGUCAGAUGCAGCGGACACGCGACAGGACAGACAGCUGUUCCCAGCUGUGUGCUGCAAACCCUGUCACCUCACUGCUGGAGGUUAAGGUUACGGUGCAGCCAGGCGGCAGUGUGUAAUUGUGUGACUUACGCAGGCCGAGUAGGUACAGGGCCAACGCCUAAGAGCAGAGCUGCGCCCAGGGAAAUGGUCAGAGGCAGCUGGCAAAUUGCAUAUGGUUCUGAUGCUCUUGCAAUUUCACAUGUGAUGUUUUAAAACUGAUUUUGAGUACAUAAAUACCCCAUGGCCUACUAUCGCCACCCCCACCCCCGCCAUCCUCACAAAGCAACCCUGUGGGACAUGACGUUGAAAUGCCGGCCAUGACAAUGUGUGAGGAUGUCACGCUGGCAACUGCACUCUCAGGAGCCCAAAGUCAGGAGUGAAAUUGCCACUUCUGUCCCUUAUUUCCUAUGGAAACAACGCCUUCCACAGCCCCCAGCACCUGCUGUCCUCACGGUCACGCUCAUCAGGAUCAGGACCACCUGUCGCUGUCAUUAGCCACCCUGGUUGAUUUUGCUCACGUUGUUGCUACAACGAAUGUCAGUUUCACUUUGCCAGAAACCACUUGAUUUCCAAUGGCUGCAGUCUGCAAACCUGCUGAGGACUUUUUUUUAAUGUAGUACAACAAAGUGACAGUUACAACAGGCUUACCUUGGAAGAGGUGUCAUUUUUACUGCCAAUUUUUUUGGAUGAAGAUGUUUUUAUAAAUCUUUCAAAAUGGUCUGCAAAUCGAGUAGGAGUUGCACAACUAACUCAGUGCUGUGUGUUCUCAAGAAGCUCCCUUUGUGAGGCCCAUCCUGGGACAGCCGAGCCUCCCCCUUCCUGGCAUCCUGGGAAAGAAAACAAGUGAGCCUCUCACCGGGCAUCCAGCCCAUGGCUUGUGGAGCCCUGACGGCUCGAACACUUACGGGGCCUAAAGGAAGCGUCACCAGACUCCCCCGUCUCGCUCCACCCUCCCUGCUAACAUCGAGGUGUGUGCAGUUACCUUUUGAGCUUGGAACAAGCAGACUGGAAUUUUCCUCUGCUACCUCUUGUGUACAAAAUCUUGUUUAUAAAAUUUCAAAAGGAAGUAGAUAAACUAGGGAACAAUCUUAAUUCUAAAUUUGGUUCUUUGAGUGGCAGAGUUCUUAGCUUCUAAGGGUAUAAAAUAAAUUUUUCAAAAACGGC